AUGAAAUAUCCUCUCGCUCUUUCCACCUUGGCGCUGACUGCAGCAGCGCUCACAUCAAGUUUCACCAACGCCUUGCCGUCUGCACCCGUGCGUCGCCAGAGCAGCGGCAGCAGCCAAGGCUACUACAGCCCAGCCGCCAACGGAGGAUCCAUGCUGACCGAUAGCCGCGAGCCGCUCAACGUCAUUGUCUCUGGCCAGUCGGAUGCAGGCGUGCUCAACCAGGCCGGUUUUGAAGAGUUUUCGCGCGCACUCCAUUUUUCGCCCGGAAGCUGUCUCAACAUCAGCCAAGGUGGUUAUCAGACGGCCAACUUGGGCGACGGCAACGGGGCCAAGCCGCAGACCAACAUUAUGCGAUACAACUUCAAGCAGGGCGAUGGCGGGACGUGUCUCGAAUCGCUCAAAGGCGGUAAUCACUUCAGGUAUUGGAUUCAGAAUGGAACCGCUGCCGACUCGGGCGCCGUCUUCCUUGCUGCCAGUGUGGAGCUGAACGCGACGCUCGGCCACAUGAUCGCUCCCAACGGGUACGACGACGGACGGGACGAGUUGGUGGGCAACGCUACCGCAGGUACGCUAAAGAGCCCUGGUGGGUUCGAGUACACCGUCAGCAGGACCACGACGUCAGAGCCGCUCAGCGGUCUAUCGGCGAGCCAGAUCAACCACGAUAUCGAUAUCGACGGUGUGGUCGACGUGCUCACAGUCCGGAUCACCAAAAGCGGCACGAUUGGCGCAGGCCGUGACUCGUCCUCGUCCGGCGGUUCGAAUGGCGGAAGUAUCAGCACUCCGCAGUCCGGCCCUGCGUCAGCUCUUGUGUUUAGCUCCCAGCAGAUGAUCGGUGUGAGUGCACUGGCACUCUGCGUCACCUCUGGCUUGAUGCUCGUGGUGUAA